AUGCUGCACAAUCCUGUGUUUCCUGGUUAUGUGCACUCCUUCUCCGAACCACCCAACAUUCCUGUGGUCACGGAGGUUCAGAGGAGCUCUAAGCUUUCCUUCAACAUAGACUCCAUCCUGGCCAAGAAGGAUACAGCUGCUUCCAAGGUGGCACCAGAGAUGCCAGCAUGGCAACCACCCUGUCCUCCUCCAGUGCCCUAUGGAUGUGCCUAUGGUGUGGCACCCUACCCACCUGUGUGGGUUUACCGACCAACACCAGGCUACCCGCACCUGGCACCCCAACACCAGCCAGCUAGAGCACCCUGCCCAUGCCCAGACCCCUUCUGCCAAGAUAAAGGAAUUGCUUACACACAUUACAGCAACAGCUCUAUGGAUUCCCUGCCUUGGCAGACAGGACAGUGCAAAAUGAAAAGGGUCAGGACAGUUUUCACCCCAGAGCAGCUGGACAGACUGGAGAAGGAAUUCCUCAAACAGCAGUACAUGGUGGGCACCGAAAGAGUAGAUCUGGCCUCUACACUGAACCUCUCUGAAACACAGGUGAAAGUCUGGUUCCAGAACCGCCGUAUCAAAUGGAGGAAACAGAGUCAAGAACAGAAGAAGGCCAAAUUGUCUCAGUUUGGGGUAAUCCCUGCAGACUCAACAGGCCAAACAGAAGAGAGAAAUCCAGAGGAACAAAAGAGAGGAUAAUCCAGAGACUGCACUCACUGAGACAGGGCUGACUCAUGUCCUAUGAACUUUGACCAGUAAGACUUUGGAUAAUGUUCAGUUUCCCUGGAUCAUCAGACCUCUUCACCGUAGCUUUUGUCGGUGGAGAAUGUUGCCAAAAUUAAUUGAAAGAAGAGCACUACAGAUUAUGAUCUAGAUAUAAAAGAAGCCAAUUAAUUGACUUCUAGCAGCUGGACUAUGAUUCUUUCAAGCAAUGCCAUCCUUGGGACUAAUCUCUUACCCUGGUUUCUCCUAGUCCUUCCAGGUUGCACUUAAACCAAGGGUUCCUGGCAGUGAUUGGGAUCAGCAAUGUCCCCUCUCUAGACCGCAUAUACAAGGCCAAAGUAUUUAUGUUUUUUACCAAAAAAAAAUGUUUAUGAAUCAUUUUUCUUUGCA